AUGGCUUUGAAAUCGUACGCUACAAACGUAAAGAUCAAAUUAUUUUCUACAAAAACAAUUUCCAAAGCCAUGAAGACUUUCAUUGCAAUUUUGUUUUUAUUUGCAAUCAUUUUCAUCUUACUUGGUACUUCUGAAAGUGCUGCCUUUGCUCGAAAUAGAACUCAUGCCUUGACAAAUGUAAAAAUGCGUGGUGCUUAG